CUGUCACAUUCCAUCGAUCUUUGCAGACCGGCGCUGGCUUUCAGUGAGCAAACGCUCUGCGUGGCGAACGUGAAGAACAGGGAGGGGUCUUGGUCCAAAUAGUUGUUUCUGUAUCAGAUUUUCCGGCGUCUGAACAGCUCGGAAAACGCACCAGCUAUGGCAGAAGCCCACCAGGCCGUGGCGUUCCAGUUCACCAUAACACCAGAGGGCAUUGACCUGCAGCUGUCCUAUCAGGCCCUGAACCAGAUCUAUCUGUCCGGUUUACGGUCAUGGAAGAAACGAGUCAGCCGCAUACGGAACAGGGUGAUUAAGGGAGUGUACCCCGCCAGCCCUUCCUCUUGGCUGUUUGUUGUCAUAGCGAUCCUCGCCACCAUGUACAUGCGCUCUGAUCCCAGCAUGGGUCUCAUCGCCAAGAUACAGCAACACCUGCCGCUCAGUCUCCACGUAUCCCUCAGUGCCCAGGGCCAGACUAUGUUGUCAGCGCUGGUGUUCAGCACGCUGCUGUGGCUCUCCCUCAUCCUCGCACUCAGAUUCUGCCUCAAGCUGCUGCUCUCCUACCACCAGUGGAUGUUCGAACAGCAUGGCAGAGUUUCCAACACCACUAAAAUCUGGGUGACCCUGUUGAGGUUGCUGUCAAGCAGGAAGCCCUUGUUGUACAGCUAUCAAACGUCGCUACCUCACCUGCCUGUUCCUGCCAUUAAAGACACACUGAGCCGGCACCUGGAGUCCGUGCGCCCACUGCUCACUGAUCCAGAGUUUGAGCGAAUGACUGAACUGACCAAUAAGUUUGAAUCUAAUCUGGGAAACCGUCUUCAACGUUACUUGAAACUUAAAGCUCUGUGGGCCACAAAUUAUGUGAGUGACUGGUGGGAGGAAUAUGUCUACUUGAGAUCCCGAAGUCCAAUCAUGGUCAACAGUAACUAUUAUGGCAUGGACUUUCUGUAUGUGACCCCGACUCCGCUGCAGGCUGCCAGAGCAGGUAACACCAUCACUGCCCUGCUCCUCUACCGCCGCAAGUUAAACCGAGAGGAACUCAAACCGAGUCGUGUUCCAGGUACGGUUAUCCCUCUGUGUGCUGCUCAGUGUGAGAGGAUGUUCAACACAACGCGCACGCCAGGAGACGAGACGGAUGUACUGCAGCAUUGGCUGGACAGUGAGUUCGUGACGGUGUACCAUAAGGGGCGCUUUUUCCGCCUGUGGGUGUACCGGGCGGGCCGACUGCUCUCUCCUCGGGAGAUCGAGUACCAGGUCCAGAGGAUCCUGGAUGACUCCUCACCCCCACAACCUGGAGAGGAAAAACUGGGGGCUCUCACUGCUGGUGAAAGGAUCCCUUGGUCCCAAACGAGGAAGCAACACUUCAGCUCUGGUGUCAACAAGCGAUCACUGGAUGCCAUAGAGAGGGCAGCCUUCUUUGUAACUUUGGAUGAUGAAGAGCAAGGCAUGAGGGGGGACGACCCAGAAGGAAACCUCGACCGCUACGCCAAGUCCCUGCUCCAUGGCAAAUGUUACGACAGGUGGUUUGAUAAAUCAUUCUCCAUUGUGAUCUACAAGAACGGGAAGAAUGGACUGAACGCAGAGCACUCGUGGGCUGAUGCACCCACUGUUGCUCAUCUUUGGGAGUUCACGCUGGCCACAGAUGCCUUCCAGCUUGGUUACACUGAGGAUGGACACUGUAAAGGCGAGGUGGACCGGUCACUACCCCACCCUCAGAGGCUUCUCUGGGACAUCUCCUCUGAGGUCCAGACGCAGGCGGAAAGUUCCCUGGCUGUUGCCCGCACGCUGGCAGACGACGUGGACUGCCAUGUGUUCCCCUUUAGAGAGUUUGGCAAAGGACGGAUCAAGAAGCUGCGCGUCAGCCCGGAUGCCUUUAUACAGAUCAGCUUACAGCUGGCUUACUUCAGGGAUCGCGGUGGCUUCUGUCUGACCUACGAGGCUUCCAUGACACGUCUGUUCAGGGAGGGCAGGACGGAGACUGUGCGAUCCUGCUCCAAUGAAAGCUCUGCCUUUGUCAAAGCCCUGGAUGGCGGCGAGGCUGAGGAACAAUGCAGACAUCUCUUCCGACUGGCUUCAGAGAAGCACCAGAACCUUUAUCGGAUGGCUAUGACUGGAGCUGGAAUUGACAGACACCUCUUCUGCCUGUAUGUGGUUUCCAAAUACCUGGGGGUGGAGUCACCAUUCCUGAAAGAGGUUCUGUCGGAGCCUUGGCGUCUCUCCACCAGUCAGACUCCAGUGCAGCAGAUGGAGCUGUUUGACAUCAAGAAUCACCCUGACUUCAUCUCACUGGGUGGAGGAUUUGGACCUGUUGCUGAUGAUGGAUAUGGAGUUUCAUACAUUAUCGUGGGCGAGGAGUUGAUCAACUUCCACGUGUCAUCCAAACACUCCUGCAGUGAGACUGACUCCCACAGGUUUGGAGCUGAGAUACGUAAAGCUCUCCAAGACAUCAUGGUUGUCCUGACUGUUGACCCCAAGUCCUCCUCGUCCUCCAAAGGCAGCGUGAAGCCACAGGCCAAGAAGCUCCUCUGAAUACAGUAGGACGCGUCUAUUAUCCUUUAGGAAACACAAGACCGCGUUACGUAGAACCUCAGUUUUUAAAGUGGCAUUUGCUGCGUAACUGUGAGUGAAUCGAAUCAUUUAAAGGGAGAGCUCAGUCGGCUUAUGUUCCACAUGUUCCUUUCAUUCAUGUUGUGAUCACUGACUGAACUCUUCUUCAAACACAUUAUUCCAUUUGCCUUUCUCCUUUUUUUUUUUUUAAAUAAAAACCAAUCUAUUCAGCAUGAAGAUAUAAACUUGUUCCUCAGUUUGAAUAUGUGACAAUACGAAGCGCUUGCAGUUCCUUCUUUUUCUGAGAAUAUGACAUCUGUCAGUGGUGAUUUUUUCUUUGAAAAAAGAGAGAGUGAGAGUCACCACUUAAGAAGGAAGUCUUUAGGGAAGAGACGCGUUUCCUCAGCAUGCGCAGUAACGUUUAACACUUCAUAAAUCUCAAUAAAAGAGAAGGGGAAAUGGUGUUUUAGUUUUUAAGUUGGUAGGCCUACGUGUGAAAUGAAGCCGUACAGCUGAUCCCGCGCACGCAGUCCACUACAAUUUUAUAUUAAUGUUUUCCGGGUCAUAGAGUGUCAUGUUGUAGUUCAAGGUUAAAAAUGGAAAAUGUCAUGAUGAAGCAGAAAAGACGGAAGCUGAGGCCUCGGUGUGAAGAGUGGUUCAGACUGAGACUGACCUGAAAGGUUAGGGUUAAAACUCGGUUCAUUUAACACCACUGAGUCUGUGCAGGCCAAUGAAAGUGUCAAAGGUCAUGACCAUGUUUCUGAACAUGAAUUAUAAUGAGCAUUAUAUUUUUUUUAUUUUAUUUUUUUAAAGCUAGGGUUUUUAAGAGCUGUGUGUGUGUGUGUGUGUGUGUGUGUGCCUGAAUUUAAGUAUUGGUUCAGUGAAACAGUUUCAAUGCAACAUUUAAGUCAAUGCAAUUCCUAAUGGAAACCUUGUAACAAAAUACUGUUGAACUGUCUUCUCUCUUUGUGUUAAUAAAUAAUCUAAAACAUUUACAAACAUUCAGAAUGAUUUCCUCAUGAUACAUUUCCAUUAUGUUUGUCUACUAAUACGGCAACGUUGGACAGAGAGCAUUAAUGGCCCUCCAGUCCGUCUACUCUGACUUUAGAUCUGUUUUUAGAUAAAUUGAUGCCUUAAUAUCAGCAACUUUAGACCUCAGUGGCUUCUGUUUGUCUCUGUGCCUGAUUUCUGAACUGUUGGAUGCCAGAGUAGCCGUCACAGAGGCACUUCUCUCCCUCUCUCUCCAUUUGUUAGUAUUUGUGUUUAAAUGUCCUUCAGGUGGAAGGCCCCAAAUUAAACAGAGCUGAAACAAUUAAUCUAUUAAUCGGUUACUAAAUUAAUCGAUAACUAUUUUGAAGCUUUUUUUUCAUGAAUAAAACAAGAUUUCUGAUUGUUUAAGCUUCUUAAAUGUGAAUAUUUUCUUCAUUUCUUUGCUCUGGAUAACAAAUCAUUAAAAGAUAAUCAUUUUGGUUUGUCAAACAGUCUGAGGUCUGGCAUUGUCCUGCUCAAACAGACUAAUGCCGUGGCCUCGCCUCGUCAUGGCACGGCACGGUUAAGUUGCAUUUCCACUAUUAUAGUACUUGGUACCAGGUACCAAGUACUAUAGCGAGCUGAGGCGGUACUAUGCGUGACCGUGCCGUCACAGGAAGAGCCAUGAGCAAAAGUCCGACUCAAGAAUCAAGAUCAGUUAAAAAGACUUUACAAUCCUAAAAACGUGGGUUAAUCUCCAACAAUUACCAGGGAAAUGACUACAAUCUCACUAUUUAACAGAGGAGUCUGGAAAAGAGCCAAUAGAGUUUCUAGUAAAAGAUUAGUUUCCCCUAAAUUCCUCGAUAAGCCUGUGUCAUUGGCACAUUCACAGUAUACAGAGAGAGAGAGAGACAGAGAGAGACAGACAGCAUCAGUGUAACAAUUCACACCAAAAUGGAUUUUGAAUUUAGAGGUAUUUUUGUAAAUUUGUUUAUGGAAACAAAAAAAGUCGGCGGAUUGCGUCUUAAUGUGAUUUCAUUCUCACUAAUGUCUCGUUUAUGCUUCACCCUGCCUUAAGUCCAUAAAACAGGUUAAACCGGAUCUGUGCCUCAGUCCGUUUCACUGCUAAUACGUUAUUUUAGCAUUAUUAUCAUCAAGUCAUGGGUGCGUUAAUGCAUAAAACCUCUGAACUUUCAAUAGUGUUGACGGUGAGUCUGCCAACAUUUAGCAGCACAGUUACAGUUAGAUUUCAGAAUCUAUGAUACAAUAUGAAUACUCUUGUUUGUUUUUGGGUUACACUUUUGAUCUUUACCUGGUACAGCUACUGUUUUAGCUUCAUAGUGGUGAACAAUUAAAAUGCAUUGAUUGUUAUUGUGGUUGACUGUUUGAUGACUAGACUCCAGAACAUCCGUGUCACUUUAUUUGAUUGUUUUUCAUCGUGAAACUUUAUGUGGACUUUAUAAAGAUGCUAAAGGUGUAGUUCUGUAAACAAUAAAAACAUCUUUACUGACCCUA